GGCAAACUGAAAUCAGUGUCAUUUGUUAAUCCUAUAAUCACACAUACAAAUGUACACAAUUUUAGAUUUAUUUUUACAGUUAAUGGUGGGUGGAGUAGUUGGAAAACUUCGGGAAGUUGGAACAGAUGUUCUGCAUCAUGUAGAACAUGUGGGUCAUCUGUUAUACCACUACAAAGUCUGAAACGCAGGCGAUCUUGUACCAAACCAUCACCAGGCUGUGGUGGAAAGACCUGUCACGGUUCAUCUUAUAAAACAACAUCUCGCUAUUGCAAUACUGCCUACUGCAAAGUAAACGGUGGUUGGAGUAGUUGGAAACCCUGGGGAAGCUGGGGAAAAUGUUCUGCGGAAUGUAAAACAUGUGGAUCGAAUUCAAAGCCUUACAAGACUAGGCGUCGAUACAGAGUUUGCAACAACCCGACACGUGCAUGUAACGGGAAUGCAUGCCCUGGUUCAAGGUAUAUCACAUCAUCAACGACAUGUAAUACACAUUACUGUAAGGUAAAUGGUGGCUGGAGUAGCUGGAAACCCUGGGGUGGCUGGGACAAGUGUUCCGCUGUAUGUAAACCAUGUGGAUCAUCCACAGACCCUAACAAGACUAGACGUCGAUACAGAGUUUGCAACAACCCGAUACCUGCCUGUAACGGGAAAUCCUGCUCUGGUCGAUCGUAUAUAUCGGCAUCGAAGUCUUGUAACACACAUUACUGUAAGGUAAAUGGUGGAUGGGGAUCAUGGGAACCAUGGACAAAAGGGACUAACUGUUCAGCAGAAUGUAGGAAAGAAGGUUCAAUAUCACCUACACAGACACUAACCAGGAAGAGGCUCUGUAAUAAUCCAUCUCCUAGCUGUAAUGGUCAAUCCUGUUCCGGGUCAGCCUUGGACAAAUCCGUUCAAGAUUGCAAUACACAAAACUGUCCAAUUGAUGGCUAUUGGGAAUGGGGUCAUUGGGGAGCUUGGGACGAAUGUUCUAAAACGUGCAAUAGUGGAUCACAUAAACGAAUCAGAUUUAAUAAAUGUAUUGGACCAAAAUAUGGUGGAAAACCUUGUAGUAAACAUGUAACAAAGACGCACACAUACCACCGUGGGUGCAACAGGAAUACUCCAUGCCCAGUGGACGGCGGAUGGUCAUCUUUCAGAACAUGGUCAGAAUGGUCUCAGUGUAGCCGUAGUUGUGGAGGAGGACUAAGGGAAAGAAACCGAUAUAGAUAUUGUACAAACCCUCGACCCUUGCAUGGUGGCAAAAAAUGUAAUGGACUUGACAAGGAUAACUUGUUUGAAGAUUGCAAUACCCUGAAAUGUCCAAGCUUUUGCACAUGUUUUGGAUACGGUGAUCCUCAUUAUUACACACCAGAUGGGGCAGAGAUACAUUUUAUGGGAACUUGUAAAUAUACAUUAUGGAAGUCUACAGUACCAAAUGAUGAAUGUUCAUUCAGAGUUGAAACGAAAAAUGAGAGAAGAUAUGGUCAAACGAAGGUUGCAUACACACGAAUGAUUGAUUUUUUUAUUGAACAAAACAAAAUUCGCAUUCUUCAAGGUGGUACUACUUUGUUAAAUGGCAUAGCUGUAGGACUACCGACCUUAACAGCAAACAACUCCAUAGAGAUAACAAGAAGUGGCAGUUACAUCACAGCAGUUCAUUCCAAAUGUAACAUACGAGUCCAGUUUGAUGGUUCUCAUAUGAUUGACAUAAAGGCUUCUAAAAAUCAUUUCGGUGGAAAUUUAACUGGACUAUGUGGAAAUUGUAACGGAAAUGCCAAGGAUGACUACCAGACCAAGUCAGGAAAAGAUGUUUCCGGGUUGGGAUGGGCGGGCUAUGCAACCAUCGGCAAUAGUUACAAAGUAUUGGAUGAUUCUGACAAACCAGAUCUGAACUGUGCUGAUGCUGAGGACCCAGGUGAAUGUUCUGAUAAAGAUAAGGAACUAGCCAAGACUGAUGCUUAUUGUGGGUACCUAUUAUCAGAGUCCAGUCCAUUUAAGAUAUGCAGAGAAUCAAAGAAAGUAGAUUUUACUAAGAUGUACUCCAGCUGUGAAUUUGAUGUUUGCUCCUCUGAUAAAGAUAAUGCUAAUUGUCAAACGUUAGAGAGUACUGCACUUGCAUGCAGUCAACAUGGAUAUAGAGUAAAAUGGAGGAGCCUAAAAUUUUGUCCCGUGACUUGCACAGGGGAUUUUGUUUACAAAACAACAGUAUCUUGUACCAAUACAUGUGACAACCCAACAGCCACACAGAAUUGUCAAGAUCCACCUGUUGACGGCUGUACAUGUCCUGAUAAAACCUAUUUGAAUGGCGGUAAAUGUGUAACUAUGGAGAAAUGCGGAUCAUGUAACCUUAAAAUUGGUGGCAUAUCUUCAAAAUUAGCAUUUGGCGAUGCUUAUCCAAAAGGUGAUUGCAUCGUAUCAAAAAGGUGUGACAUGGUAAAUGGUACCUUUGUAUUAGUAACUAUUCCAGCAAAAACAAUCUGUCAAUUGGAUGAAUGGUGUAAAACGAACAACUUUGGCAUGUAUGAUUGUACAAAGAAGCCAAUUAAUGGUGGUUGGCAAAUAACUGGAAACUGGUCAGACUGGAGUACUUGUAGUAAAACAUGUAAUGGGGGAAUUCGUCAAAGAACACGUGGCAGAAGUUGUACCAACCCAAAACCCAAUUACGGAGGCACAUCUUGUGCUGGAUCAAUUAAAGAAAUCUCGUAUGAAAGUUGUAACACACUUAAGUGUCCAAGCUUUUGCACAUGUUUCGGAUACGGCGAUCCUCACUAUUACACACCAGAUGGCGCAGAAAUACAUUUUAUGGGAACUUGUAAAUAUACAUUAUGGAAGUCUACAAUACCAAAUGAUGCAUGUUCAUUUAGAGUUGAAACGAAAAAUGAGAGAAGAGGUGGUCAAACGAAGGUUGCAUACACACGAAUGAUUGAUUUUUUCAUUGAACAAAACAAAAUUCGCAUUCUUCAAGGUGGUACUGCUUUGUUAAAUGGCAUAGCUGUAGGAUUGCCGACAUUAACAGCAAACAACUCCAUAGAGAUAACAAGAAGUGGAAGUUACAUCACAGCAAUUCAUUCCAAAUGUAACAUAAGAGUCCAGUUUGAUGGUUCUCAUAUGAUUGACGUUAAGGUUUCUAAAAAUCACUUCGGUGGAAAUUUAACUGGACUAUGUGGGAAUUGUAACGGAAAUGCCAAGGAUGACUACCAGACCAAGUCAGGAAAAGAUGUUUCUGGGUUGGGAUGGGCGGGCUAUGCAACCAUUGGCAAUAGCUACAAAGUGUUGGAUGAUUCUGACAAACCAGAUCUGAAUUGUGCUGAUGCUGAGGACCCAGGUGAAUGUUCCGAUAAAGACAAGGAACUAGCCAAGACAGAUGAUUAUUGCGGCUACCUUUUAUCAGAAUCCAGUCCAUUUAAGAUAUGCAGAGAAUCAAAGAAAGUAGACUUUACCAAGAUGUACUCCAGCUGUGAAUUUGAUGUUUGCUCCUCUAAUAAAGAUAAUGCUAAUUGUCAGACAUUAGAGAGUACUGCACUUGCAUGCAGUCAACAUGGAUAUAGAGUAAAUUGGAGGAGCUUGAAAUUUUGUCCGUUGACUUGCACAGGGGAUUUUGUAUACAAAACAACAGUAUCUUGUACCAAUACAUGCGACAACCCAACAGCCACAAAGAAUUGUCAAGAUCCACCUGUUGACGGCUGCACAUGUCCUGAUAAAACAUAUUUGAAUGGCGGUAAAUGUGUACCUAUUGAGAAAUGCGGAUCGUGUAAUCUUAAAAUUGGUGGAAUAUCGUCAAAAUUGGCAUUUGGCGAUGUUUAUCCAAAAGGUGAUUGCAUCGUAUCACAAAGGUGUGACAUGGUAAAUGGUACCUUUGAAUUAGUAACUAUUCCAGCGAAAAAAAUCUGUCAAUUGGAUGAAUGGUGCAAAACAAACAACUUUGGCAUGUAUGAUUGUACAAAAAAGCCAAUUAAUGGUGGUUGGCAAAUAACUGGAAACUGGUCAGACUGGAGUACCUGUAGUAAAACAUGCAAUGGUGGAAUUCGUCAAAGAACACGUGGCAGAAGUUGUACCAACCCAAAACCCCAGUCCGGAGGCACAUCUUGUGCUGGAUCAAUCAAAGAAAGUUCUUAUGAAAGCUGUAACACACUGAAGUGUCCUAGUUUUUGUUCGUGUGAAGGAUCGGGAGAUCCUCACUAUUACACUCCAGACGGUGCUGUUAUACAUUUUAUGGGAACAUGCAAAUACACUUUAUGGAAAUCAACAAUACCAGACGAUCAAUGUGAGUUUAGAGUCGAGACGAAGAAUGAGAGACGCUAUGGGUAUACGCAUGUUUCUUACACAAGAAUGAUUGAUUUUUACAUGGGAAAUUCUCAAAUUCGUUUCUUGCAUGGCGGAAAUGUGCUGAUUAAUGGUUUCCGAGCAAGUUUGCCUGUAAAAACUGGAAAUGACAAUAUUGAGGUAUCUAGAAGUGGAAGUUUUAUAUCUGCCGUGCACUCCAAAUGUAACAUACGGGUUCAAUUUGAUGGCUACCAUUUGGUCAAUGUAAAGGUGUCUAAAAAUUACUUUGCCGGAAAUUUAACUGGUUUAUGUGGUAACUGUAAUGGAAAUUAUAGAGAUGAUCUCCAGACCAAAGAGGGAAAAGAUGUUUCUUCUAAAGGAGGACAGGGUUAUGCUGACAUCGGCAAUAGUUACAAAGUUACAGAUGAUUCAGACCUACCAGAUACAAAUUGUGUAGAUGCCCCGCCAUUAAAAGACUGUACAAAGGACAAACGGAAAUUAGCCAGAACAGAUAAAUAUUGCGGCUUUUUAUCAUCAGAUACUAGUCCAUUCAAAGCAUGUAUGGAUUCCAAGAAGGUUAAUUUUGGCCAGUUAUACAAUAGCUGUGAAGUUGACUACUGUAAUUCAAAUAGAUCUGAUGUGCAUUGUCAAACUCUCCAGACUGCUGCUUUAGCUUGUAGUCAGCAUGGAUUUCAAACAAAAUGGAGAACCCCCACCUUCUGUCCAUUAAAAUGUGAUGGUGGACUUGUAUACAAGACGGCAAUAUCUUGUACCAAUACAUGUGACAAUCCAACAGCCGAUCAAAGCUGCCAAGACCCGCCUGUAGAUGGAUGUACAUGUCCUGAUAAUACGUUUCUGAAUGGUGACAAGUGUGUUACGAUUGACAAAUGUGGAUCUUGUAGAUUGAACAUGGGAACAGGAACUUCAAAGCUUGCUUUAGGUGAUGUUUAUCCAAAAGGUGAUUGUAUUAAUGCACAGCAAUGCAAAUCAAACAACGGAACCUUCCACUUGGUAUCAGUCCCGGCGUCAAUUUUAUGUGCACCAGAUGAAUGGUGCAAGCUAAAUAAGCUCGGUGUAUACUUGUGUACCAAGAAACCUGUUAAUGGAGGAUGGGGAUCAUUUGGUCCUUGGUCAGAUUGGACUGAAUGUAGUAAAACAUGUAAUACUGGAAUGCGAUCAAGAUCACGGAAGAGAAGUUGCACAAAUCCUAGUCCUAGUUUUGUUGGAAAAAACUGUGUGGGAUCUGGUAUUGAAAGAACAACUGAAAUAUGCAAAAACUUCGAAUGUCCAAGUUAUUGUAACUGUAUUGGAUCAGGUGAUCCUCACUAUUACACACCUGAUGGUGCAGAUAUACAUUUUAUGGGAACAUGUAAAUACACACUCUGGAAAUCGACAAUUCCAAAUGACAAAUGUAAAUUCAGGGUGGAGACUAAAAAUGAAAUACGUGGUGGCAGCAUUGACGUUUCCUACACUAGAAUGAUAGAUGUCUAUGCUGGCGAAUACAAAGUUCGUGUAUUAAAAGGGGGCAAUGUUUUAGUGAAUGGAACUGCAGUACGAGUACCAUUUGAAUCAGCAGACGGUCAAAUUGAAGUUUCCAAAAGUAGUAAUCUAAUUACUGUUGUACAUGCUAAUUGUAAUAUCAGAGUUCAGUUUGAUGGCAUACACCUUGUUAAUAUCAAGGUUUCGAGAGACUACUUUGGUGGUAACUUGACUGGAAUCUGUGGGAAUUGUAAUGGAUUAUACAUGGAUGAUCUUAUGACAAAGAAUGGAACAAAUGUUCAUUCCCUAGGCAGAAAUGGACAUGCUGAUAUUGGAAACAGUUAUAAAAUACUUGAUGAUUCCGACCAGCCAAACGUCAAAUGUGCUGAUGCGGAACCUUUGAAAAAUAUAACGGAAGAGGACAAGAAACUUUCAGAACAGGAUGAUAAGUGUGGAUAUUUAUCACCAACAAAUGACAACAGUCCAUUUAAGAUUUGUCGAGAGUCUUCAUCCCUUAAUUUUACCAAACUAUACUCAAGCUGUGAGUAUGAUGUCAUUGUGUCAAAUUCGGAAAAUGCAAGUUGUCAAACAUUGGAAGCUGCUGCUUUAGCUUGCAGUCAGAGAGGGGUUUUGGUGAACUGGAGAACAGGAAAUUUUUGUCCACUCACGUGUAAAGAUGGCAUGGUUUAUAGAACAUCUGUUUCAUGCAUUAACACAUGUAGUAAUAAAAAUGCCGAAAAGAAUUGUCUUGAUCCGCCAACAGAUGGAUGUGCGUGUCCAAAGAAUACAUACCUUAGUGGUGACCAGUGUGUAAUGGAGGACAAAUGCGGCUUUUGUAACCUCGAUGGUAGAAGUAUAUUAAAAAGUCUGUCGUUGGGCGAUACAUACCCUAAAGGAGACUGUAUUGACUCUCAGAGAUGUGAUAAUGUCAGUGGUAACUUUGAAUUGGUAAAUGUUCCAGCUUCAAAGAAAUGUCAAAGUCCGGGUAAUUGCGAAAAAAAUUACUUUGGGAAAUACUACUGCAAAACAUACAAUGUAUCUGCAUCGGAAAGCAAGACGGAAUCAGUAACAAUUUCAAAACAUAAUGCGUUGAUGUCAUCGACCACAGUUUCAGAAGAGAUGACAACAGAAAGAAUCCUACAGGAAGACAGUAGUCAUAGCGAUAUACCAGAAACAAAAUCAUUUUUGAAUACAACCACCUUACCAAGUGUUAUGGAAGAAGCUUCUACAAAUGCAAUGGAUGCAGAUUUAGAUACCGAGCACGCUACUGUUUUGGAAACAAAAAUUACAACAUCAAAGCCUUCAAACAUAAACAAAAGUCAAAAUGUUAUAGCUGAUACGACGAGUCAAUCAUACAUAACAACACCAAGUUCUAAUGAAACGGUGACAGAAAAAGACAAAACUUUGGAUACUGUACCGACUUCAAAAGAUGAUAGUUUGCAAGCUUCUACAAGUGCAAUGGAUGCAGAUUUACUCGUUACCACUCCAAACGCUUUAGAUACCGAGCACGCUACUGUUUUGGAAACAGAAAUUACCACUGCAAAGCCUUCAAACAUAAACAAAAGUCAAAAUGUUAUAGCUGAUACGACGAGUCAAUCAUACAUAACAACACCAAGUUCUAAUGAAACGGUGACAGAAAAAGACAAAAAUUUGGAGAGUGUACCGACUUCAAAAGAUGAUACUUUGCAAGCUUCUACAAGUGCAAUGGAUGCAGAUUUACUUGUUACCACUCCAAACGCUUUAGAUACCGAGCACGCUACUGUUUUGGAAACAAAAAUUACCACUGCAAAGCCUUCAAACAUUAACAAAAGUCAAAAUGUUAUAGCUGAUACGACGAGUCAAUCAUACAUAACAACACCAAAUUCUAAUGAAACGGUGACAGAAAAAGACAAAAAUUUGGAUAUUGUACCGACUUCAAAAGAUGAUACUUUGCAAGCUUCUACAAGGGCAAUGGAUGCAGAUUUACUCGUUACCACUCCAAACGCUAUAGAUACCGAGCACGCUACUGUUAGGGAAACAGAAAUUACCACUGCAAAGCCUUCAAACAUAAACAAAAGUCAAAAUGUUAUAGCUGAUACGACGAGUCAAUCAUACAUAACAACACCAAGUUCUAAUGAAACGGUGACAGAAAAAGACAAAAAUGUGGAUAUUGUACCGACUUCAGAAGAUGAUAGUUUGCAAGCUUCUACAAGUGCAAUGGAUGAAGAUUUACUUGUUACCACUUCAAACGCUUUAGAUACCGAUCACGUUACUGUUUUGGAAACAGAAACUACCACUGCAAAUCCUUCAAACACAAACAAAAGUCAAAAUGUUGUAGCUGAUACGACGAGUCGAUCAUACGUAACCACACCAAGUUCUAAUGAAACGGUUACAGAAAAAGACAAAAAUUUGGAGAGUGUACCGACUUCAAAAGAUGAUACUUUGCAAGCUUCUACAAGUGCAAUGGAUGCAGAUUUACUCGAUACCACUCCAAACGCUUUAGAUAGCGAGCACGCUACUGUUUUGGAAACAAAAAUUACCACUGCAAAGCCUUCAAACAUAAACAAAAGUCAAAAUGUUAUAGCUGAUACGACGAGUCAAUCAUACAUAACAACACCAAGUUCUAAUGAAACGGUGACAGAAAAAGACAAAAAUGUGGAUAUUGUACCGACUUCAGAAGAUGAUAGUUUGCAAGCUUCUACAAGUGCAAUGGAUGAAGAUUUACUUGUUACCACUCCAAACGCUUUAGAUACCGAUCACGUUACUGUUUUGGAAACAGAAACUACCACUGCAAAUCCUUCAAACACAAACAAAAGUCAAAAUGUUGUAGCUGAUACGACGAGUCGAUCAUACGUAACCACACCAAGUUCUAAUGAAACGGUUACAGAAAAAGACAAAAAUUUGGAGAGUGUACCGACUUCAAAAGAGGAUACUUUGCAAGCUUCUACAAGUGCAAUGGAUGAAGAUUUACUCGAUACCACUCCAAACGCUUUAGAUACCGAGCACGCUACUGUUUUGGAUACAGAAAUUACCACUGCAAAGCCUUCAAACAUAAACAAAAGUCAAAAUGUUGUAGCUGAUACGACGAGUCGAUCAUACGUAACCACGCCAAGUUCUAAUGAAACGGUUACAGAAAAAGACAAAAAUUUGGAGAGUGUACCGACUUCAAAAGAUGAUAGUUUGCAAGCUUCUACAAGUGCAAUGGAUGCAGAUUUACUCGAUACCACUCCAAACGCUUUAGAUACCGAGCACGCUACUGUUUUGGAUACAGAAAUUACCACUGCAAAGCCUUCAAACAUAAACAAAAGUCAAAAUGUUAUAGAUGAUACGACGAGUCAAUCAUACAUAACAACACCAAGUUCUAAUGAAACGGUUACAGAAAAAGACAAAAAUUUGGAGAGUGUACCGACUUCAAAAGAUGAUAGUUUGCAAGCUUCUACAAGUGCAAUGAAUGCAGAUUUACUCGUUACCACUCUAAACGCUUUAGAUACCGAGCACGCUACUGUUUUGGAAACAGAAAUUACCACUGCAAAGCCUUCAAACAUAAACAAAAGUCAAAAUGCUAUAGCUGAUACGACGAGUCGAUCAAAUACUGUUCCAACACAGUCAUCUUUAACAGACGAAAUACUAACAGAGGCUACCACUACAAAUGAUAUUAAUCCCAUUGAUAAAGAAUUAUCCCGUGGAAACACAACAGAAAACCAUGAAGAUGUCGCUACUGAAAUGAUUGACUCGACACGACCAACAACGUAUGCUUGGCAACAAACAGAAAAUCAAGUUACAACUGUGGAAAUGAAAGACAAAAUUACAAGUGUAGGAAUUAAAUUUGCAGAAAAAACUUCUCCAGGACUGAGUGAUAUAUUGACAAAAAAGACAAAAAUCGAAGGUGUAACUAAAGCUUAUUCAGAAUUUGCAUGCAAAACCACUUGGGGAUACUAUCCUGAUCCUAAAAACUGUGCCGGAUUUAUUCAGUGUGUAUGGGGCAAGCCUCAUCGAAUGCCAUGCGCCAAGGGUACCAUAUGGAAUCAGAAGUAUUUGACUUGUGUUCAUGGAUCUUGUUAAAACCAGUGUGUCCACUACAGACCUGACCUUUUACUAGAGAGCAAUAAUAAAUUCAGUGCAAUGCAA